AUGACCUCCGCACCGUCAAUAGCAUACGCAGCACCCUUUUUCCCAUACUCCUCCUCGCUCACACCAGACACUACCAAGCGUCAGACAACAACCGACCUCGAUCCAGCACACUACCGGACUCAGCUCUACAAGUCUGAUAAAGUCAUUGAGGAGUUUGAGGACCUACUCAAUUCAACUACACUGGACUCUUGUCAGAUGUGUCGGAGGGGUAUGAAAAUGGCACAAGAGUUCUCCCUGGAGGCGCCUGAGCUGGUUCCAGGGGUGUUGAGGAUUUUAUGUGCGAGGUAUUCGUUCCUGCGACUUGAUUCAUGUGCAGGACUGAUGGUGCGGUUGGGACCAGAGUUGGCAGAGAUCUUUUCACAAAUGGACGUCGACGGGUCAGACGGAUACUACGCCUGCGCCUACAGCUUCCCAGGAUCAUGUCCCGUCCCCAAACACCAACCCGCCAACCCCACCAUCUUCCCAAAACCAAAACCAGCCAACGCAGCACAACCACCACCCAGUGGACAAUCCAUGAAAGUCCUCCAUUUCUCAGACUGGCAUCUUGACCCCCUCUACCGACCGGGCACAGAAGCCAAAUGCAGCCACAACAUCUGCUGUCGGGAUUUUGGAUCGUGGAAUGACCCUGGGCCGAUCAAGAAGCGGGCGUCGAAAUGGGGCGAACCCAAGUGUGAUACCCCAAUUGCUUUGGGAUUGAGCGCUUUGGAGGCGAUUCAGAGGUUUGUCCCUAAUGCGACGUUUGGGUUGUUUACAGGCGAUAUUGUGAGCCAUGAUUCGUGGUUGAUUACGGAAAAGUAUGUUGCGGAUCUGGAGAAGACGAGUUAUGAGUUGUUUAAGAAGUAUCUGCAGGAGGUGAGACUGUAUGUGGUGUUGGGGAACCAUGAUUCGUACCCGAGCGAUCAGGCGCCAGCGCGACAUAAACCGGAGCAAUAUUCUACGCAUCAGUGGUUGUACGACCAUGUAGCGACGGUGUGGGAAAAGAACGAAUGGAUCACGUCGAUAGAGGCAGACUAUGCACGGUCUCACAACGCCAUGUUCAUGACGAGACCCAUGCCAGGGUUGAAGCUGAUCACGUUGAACACGGAUCUGUUCUACGUCCGCAAUUACUACAAUAUGCUGGACACUGACCAGGAUGACCCUUCCGGAUUGUUUCAUGAUCUGAUUCUGGAACUGCAGGAUAGCGAGGAUCGGCAUGAGCGAGUCUGGAUAAUGGGACACAUGGCGCCUGUGACAUUGACGCUUCCGCGGUCUUCGAUACUGUUCCAGAGGGUCGUCGCCCGAUACUCUCCUCAUGUUAUUGCAGGGAUCUUUACGGGACAUUAUCACCAGGACAAGUUUAUUGUCAUGCACGACCCUGACGCUGAGGAGCGUACCCAGGCGUCGGCUGUUAAUGUUGUGUACCAGGGACCCAGUAUCACACCCCUCGACAAGGCCAACCCUGCGAUUCGAUGGUAUGAUGUGGACCCCAAAACAUUCUCAAUCCUGGACUCCCACACAGUGACAGCCGACAUCAUAACUCAAGCCGACUACUGGGAAUCCCACGACCUAGAGCCCGAAUGGAUCCUCGAAUACUCUGCUCGCUCAACCUACUCUGACCCACUCCACCCUCUCCCCGCCGGAGAACCCCUCUCCCCGGCAUUCUGGCAAAGCGCCGUAGAGAGGAUGAAGGAUGACGCAGGGUUGUUUGGAAAGUACAUUCGGUACCAGUCGAAAUCGUCGGCGGAGGCGAAGGAGUGUCUGUGGGGGACGGUUUGUGAAGCCGAGACGAGGUGUGAGUUGCAGGCUUCUACGGUGUUGGAGCAUGAUGUUUGUGAGGCUAUGCUUGAGGAGGAGGGUGCGGCGGGUGUUGGAGGAAAGGGUGGGAGGAAGAAGCCGAAACCGAAUCGCUGGAAGCGGUUUGGGGUGACGAGGAGUGGGGUGGUUUUGGACGUGAAUGCGUAUGAUAGGGAGAGGGGGAUUGAUUUUUAA